CCCGCCAGUCCCGCCUUCGCCGUCGCCAACGCGCAGGCGCGCGGCCGCGUCCCGUCCGGGGGUAAACAAAUUCAAAUCGCCGGUACGUUACUCCCGACAAGAAGUUAUAUCGAGUCGACUGGCCGGCGGCUUGCUUCUCGUAGGAAGAGACGGAGAUUCGUGCCUGCAACGGAGAGAAGGGCCCCGAUUGCGACUGACAAUGGCGAUGAGAAAUCGGACCGCGGUCACGGUGAACCAUGCGAAGGAGAAUGUUAAAACCACGAAGCCCUUGGUGGCCGUUGUGCCGUCGAAGGGGAAAAGGGCAGCGCUAGGCGAAAUAAGCAAUAAAAUUAACACGGUAAGGGGUGUCGAGCCUAUCGACAGGACUAGUUUAUUGCAAAAGAAGAAAGUGCCGCCGAAGCAGCAAGCGGUGAAGCCAGCGGCAGACGCGCCCGAGAAGCCAGUGGCGAAUGCACCCGAGAAGCCGCCAGUGCAAAUUGUAAAACCGGUUGUGAAAACGACACUCACGACCGUUGCACCCAACGCGCAUGCUUUGCACUCGGCACUUACUGUCGUUAGUCCGAAGAGAGAAGAGAGGAAUAGAUCGUUUUCAACGGAUCUAUUGAAGUUCGAAGACAUUGACGAGCAAGACAAGAAUAACCCAAUUCUAGUUUCUUUCUAUACCAACGACAUACACGAGUACUUGAGGAAAUUAGAGAGGAACUUUCCUAUUAAGAAGGGAUAUCUAGCGGGUCAGGAAAUCACCUCUAAGAUGAGAAGCGUGCUGAUAGAUUGGUUGGUGGAAGUACAUCAGCAAUUUCGAUUGAUGCAAGAGACACUGUACCUCACCGUCGCAACUAUCGAUCGCUUCUUACAGCUCUACCGGACCAUAGAUAGAAAGAGAUUGCAGCUGGUUGGCGUUACGGCUAUGUUUAUCGCUAGCAAGUAUGAAGAAAUGUAUUCGCCGGAUAUAAGUGAUUUUGUAUAUAUCACGGACAAGGCUUAUUCAAAGGCAGAUAUACUGAACAUGGAAAUGCUCAUGGUGAAAACCCUGGACUACUCGUUCGGGCGACCGUUACCGCUGCAUUUCCUUCGGAGAUACAGCAAGGCUGGACAAGCGCUCCCUGUACAUCAUACAAUGGCCAAGUAUUUCCUUGAGCUAAGCUUGGUUCACUAUGAGAUGUGUCACUAUUCACCUAGUCUCAUCGCUGCAGCAGCGCUAUAUCUAGCAUUUUUAAUUAUCGGUAAUGAUGAAGAGGACGAAGGCAAGAUUAUUUGGUCAGAUACUCUAGCAUACUACAGCACUUACUCGAAGAACGAUGUGUUACCUGUAGUACGUGAUAUAGCUGCAAUAAUAGUGAAAGCAGAAGACAGUAAACAUCAAGCUGUGAGAAAGAAGUACGUCCAUAUGAAAUACAUGAAAAUUAGUAUUCGACCAGAGCUGAAGUCUCCAAUUAUGCUCUCCAUUGCAACAAGCAAGGAGUCAUAAACUUGUAAUAGAACUAAAUAGAAUUGUUUGUGAACUCACA